AUGUCGUCAACGAGUGAUACCCAACCCUCUUUCCUCUUUCCUGCACCAAGACAUGACAACAGUAAUGGAGUCCCGAAGUCACCAAAAUCACCAAAGAUUCUGACGAUUGAAAAUCCACUGCUGAAGAGACCUCAAUUCAUGCUUGGGGCGACUCAGAUGGCAACGACUGCAAAUCAAAAUCAACCUAGAUCCCCUCUAGCGUCAUUAUCGGUCAAUAUAUCACAACUAACCACCAAAUCACCGGGACCACCACCAAAGGCAAGCCUUAGCUUGAUGUCAAUGUCGGUUUCUGCACCAACGGAGGCUAUGGAAACGACAAUUGACACAGGCUUUGGACAAUCUAAAUUGACAAGUUCACGUGAUAACACCCCCAUCACGCCACCUCCUGUGAAUUCGCCACGAUUACUACAUCAAUCACCAGUGUUGGUAAAUCAAAGAAGUGAUUUUCCUUCUUGUGACUCGGGCAACUGGGUAGUCUCUUAUGGAUAUGCAAACCGUGAGGAAUACAAGGAGCUAGAAAGGAUCCUAACAUCUUAUGGCGCCAUCAUCGACAGUCAAGCCAACGCUAAUUGGUUAGCAAUCAAGUAUGAAUCCCGGCUUGCUGCAGAAAAAGCGCUGUGCAGCCAGCCGAUCAAACUAAGUUCAAACUCAUUGUGCGGUACUGUCAGAGGCUCCUCCCAACUGCUUCAGACAUUGCGAGCUCAGCAGCCGAAUGAUUCCCUCAAGUCUGUUGAGCACGGGUUGAGUGCUGUCAAGACUAAAGGCAAGGAAAUGACGCUUGGGUCUGCUGGUUUGAGUGAAGAAGACAUUCUCGCUCAGUACGAUGUGCAGGAUCAAUAUGAUAGCGACUGGAGACAUGCAGGUUCGAUCUGCGAGAAAGUGUUAGCUUGGUUGUUCGGUUGGGACAACAUCCUUCCCGUCAAUAAGCCCCAUGCCGAUUAG